AACAAACAUUCGUGUGUGUUCCAAUUUUAAUUUAUUUGUCUUUCUUUUUUGGGGAUAAGGGUCACCCAGGGGAGCCCUGUACAUUCAGCCACCCGUACUUGUCCGACAAAUUAAAACUCACCCCUAUUAGAUAUUAUCAGCAGAUGCUAAAUAUCGAAAAGUUAGAAACUUUAUGUGUCUUUGCCGACAUUAUUAAUUUGUUCAUAGGAUCGUAAUGAAAAUGGUCGAGCCAACCAUCAGUCAGUAGACACGGGUACAGACACAUAGAGACGGGUAAGCGGCUAGUUCCUUGUCAUCUUGUGGUCACCUUGUGGUGUGUGUCACCUUGUGGUCCAUGAGAUCACCUGUAACAUCAGGUAGGCCGCGCGGCUCGUCAGUGAAUGUUAGCUACUAAUGCUGUACUUUAAUAAAGUAUCUUCUCAUCACUCGCAUGGCAGCUCUGCAUGAAACACUGAGCCGCUGGGUCGGGACCGCCUCGUGCAGCAGACUAUACGUCUAUCUGUUCUCGUUAAGGCAGCGUGAGCCAUUCACAAUCAUAAAAACACAGCGUUCGCGACUCGCGAGUAGUAGUAGUAGUAGUAAGUGAUUGUUCAGUAGGAUAAGCGUGGUUGCCGAGGGUGGAUGCGAAGCGCGGUCUACUGGAUCCUUGGAGCGGAUAACUGAGUAACUCCUUACAACAUAAGCUAUCUAAUACUGAAAGUGAAUUGCGAGUUAACACUCAAAAAAAAUCAAAGUAGGUAUUGUAAUUUCUGCAAACUUUAAUAGUGUCAAUGUACGUAUCUACCCAUCUCGUGUGUACCCAGGAUGUACUUAGGUAUUUAACAAGUUGAGCACAAUAUCAUCAGAGCGCGCUGGUUCGUGAAACAUUGAACCCCAGCGGAGGGCUAGAGGAGGGCGGAGAGGGGGCCGCAUCGCCACUUGUAGUCGCCAGGAAUAGUGACACAAAACAAACAACAUCGCCCCGAGGAUACAUACGUACUUGUAAUAUUAUAUAGGACGACUGUCUCAGGUUAUUGUCAUGUGCAUUAGGUAAUGAAGUACUCGUGUUUUGUACUAAACAAUAACGUUGCUGGCGGAAGAGCUCCCAGACGUCCAGCCGCUGCACGCGGGCGGCGACCACCACGAGACACUCCCCUCGAGCUCUCCGACUAGCGAGUCCUCAGUUAUCAGCAUCAGCAGUCUCGCAACCCAUUACGCGCCAGCCGUAGCAAGCCGCGCGUCGUGAGUAGUGUUGACUGAAGGACAAGGGCUCGGUGUGCUGGUACCGUACUGUGCCGAUACUUGCGAGCUGCGACCGAGAGCGUCGUCACGCGCCAUCCUGAACAUCUCUAAUGAACGAUUGGCUUCAACGACAAAAGAAUAAAAAUGUAUAAUAAAAAUCAAACUCAUAAAACAAUAAUUUUAUACUAGUAAAAAACGAAUCAGCAUGCAAUUAAGACAUAGAUCUCAAGCCUCAAGAUGAGUGUGGUGACAUUCACGUUGUGAUGUCUAUGGGUAUCGGUCUUGUUGGUAGGUAUCGAUACAGCCGUAAAUGAAAUUUUAAAAAAAACAUAGAAAACGAAACUAGGUAAAACAAAAUGAAACGUGAACGGCGCGGCGUAUAUACCUAUGUACCAAAUGGUAAGUCGCAAUCAGCACAGAGCAGAGUGUGUCGAAUGUAACGCGGUGUGCGCACGCGAGUCUGCGCAGUAACGGACGCCGCACGCCGGCGCCGCGCCGCGCUCACAGAACAGACGCGACGGUUACCAAAAUGUACCAAGAAAACAAUGGGGAGAUUACCAUUCGAAGCAAUACGAGAUACUGGUCGAGCACCCUCCGGAGAGAGACCCGCGCGUCGGCUGCGCGUCGGCUGCGUGCCGUCAGUGAAGCGCGACCGCAGUUUUUAUGUCGUUGUGCAGCAUCCGCCUCAUCAAGGUCUGAUUAACUUCGGCGCUGAGAUAAACAGAUAUCUGGCGCGACGAGUCGAUAUCUCGAUCCGCGUAGGUACUGCACUAUAGAGCUUAUGAUUUAAAGAGAUUAAAGAAGUAGCGAGGCGCUGAGACCACUCCUGCUCGCGUGACCUUGCCUUCAGUCGCGAAUAAAAAUAAAGCCUUAUCAAUAUGAUUGAUCAAUAUUGAGACGUCAUGACGACAUGUCGAGACGAGCAGUUGACCGGCGACAUCCAAGUGUGCAGUCUGUGAGGUCCGGUGGGCGCCCCGCGCGCCGGCGUCCGUCCGACCCUCGACAUUAACGAGGGUCGACUGCCAUGUCUCGAGCAGCUGGCUCGUUAUCAAUACACUCCUCGCGUGGUGAGGACAGAAGGCCGGGCUCUAACUCCGUAAUAGUUGCAGGCGUGUCGGAGCGGUGCCCAGUUCGUUCGGUGGAGCUCAGACUGGCGGCGAGCAGGGAGCCGUCGCUCGUUAUUAUAACGCCGACUUUAAGCAUGACACGAAUUUCAUACGUUGCCCAGGCGGACAGAGCGACCUGGGAACCCGCUCGGAGAAUCUUGAGGACUUCUGGGCUCCAAUGGAAGCACGAGAUGCGCGACUGUAGUACGUAUUCCGCUGGUAGCAUGACCUUCUACUUAAAAGUAAUCAUAAUGUCAAAAACAUCUUAGAACAAAUCUUUGCAUUAAAUGAAAUCAUAACAUGUUACAAAUACUAUAACAAUGGUGGACAUCGUGAUGUUUGUUAGAGGAUAUUUAAGGAAAGCUGACUCAGCAGUGCGCGGCUACUCAGUCCUCGCGGAGAUACUCUCCUUCAGUCAGACAAAGAAUGACAAUAGAGAAAUGAAAGCAUGGCGUGCGGCUGGCAGUUCAUACCGUACCGUUGUUAAGUCGGCUGCGUCGAUUACUAAUAGAUUAGGAACUACUACUAUUAUUUAUUAUUAUUUUCUAAAUUAUUAGUACAUAUGGAGAGAUUUGCGCACACUCAGUUCAAAAAUUUGAGAAGCACUAUUCUAAGCAAUGUCUUCUAAAUGUAGUUCAAUAUUAAUUUUAAUUAAAACAGCUAAGCUGAUAG